GCGGAAGCGGAAGGCGCGGCGAUGGCGGCGGGCGGCGCGGCGCUGUGGCGGCGGCUCUCGGCCUGGCUGCCGCGGGGCCGCCUCGGCCUGGCCGCGCUGCUCGGCCGCCUCUCCGACCGCCUCUCCCGCGGCCGCGACCGCCGCGCCCGCAGAUCAUCAUGGCUCCUUCUAGCCCCACUCCUCACCCCUCCUGUUCCAGUGAUCACAGCCCCACCGUGUUCCCUGUGUCCAGAAGGAGCACACAGGUUCCAGUGGAUCAGGAAUCUGGUCCCAGAGUUUGGGAUCUCCAGCUCGCAUGUCAGGGUGCUUUCAUCCCCGGCGGAAUUCUAUGAACUCCUGAAGGUGCAGAUAAAAGCAGCCAAGCAGCGGGUGGUGAUGGCCUCACUGUACCUGGGAACAGGACUCCUUGAGCAGGAGCUGGUGUAUUGCUUGGAAGAAACACUGGAGAAAUCACUGCAAGCAAAAGGCUCACCCGACCUCAGAGUUUCCAUUCUCCUCGACUACACCAGGGGCUCUCGGGGCAGGAAGAAUUCUCGAACCAUGCUGAUCCCGCUGCUGCAGCGAUUUCCCGAGCAGGUCCGCGUGUCCCUCUUCCACACUCCAAACCUGCGUGGGCUGCUCCGGCUCCUGAUUCCAGAGCGUUUCAAUGAGACCAUUGGGCUGCAGCACAUCAAGGUCUAUCUCUUUGAUGACAACGUGAUCCUGAGCGGUGCAAACCUGAGUGAUCUGUACUUCACCAAUCGCCAGGACCGCUACGUCCUGCUGCGGGACUCUCCCGAGAUUGCAGACUUCUUCACGGAGCUCGUGGACGCCAUUGGAGACGUGUCCCUGCAGUUACAGCAGGAUGAUACGGUCCAGAUGAUGGAGGGAAUGGUGCACCCAUACCAAGGAGACAAAGUGGCUUACUGUGAGAUUGCCAACCGGAGGGUGAUGGAGGUCAUCAACUCUGCCCGCACACGGCAGGAGCUCCUCCAUGCAAAGACUUUCCACAGCAGCCAGCCAGGCAGCUCCCUCUUAUCCCAGCAAGGCUCUCAAGCACCUGGGAGUCUGAAACCAGAACCCGACACCUGGAUCUAUCCCUUGAUCCAAAUGAAACCUUUUGGGAUUCAAAUAGACGAGAUGGUCACAGAGACGCUGCUGACAGAGGCUGAGCGGGAUGCCAGGAUAUACCUCACCACUGGCUACUUCAACUUGACACAGGCCUACAUGGACCUCAUCCUGGGCACACGGGCCGAGUACCGCAUCCUCCUGGCCUCGCCAGAGGUCAAUGGGUUUUUUGGUGCCAAAGGGGUGGCAGGUGCCAUCCCUGCUGCCUACGUUUACAUUGAACGCCAGUUCUACAGCGAGGUCUGCUGCCUGCAGCAGCAGGAGAGGGUGCAGCUGCAGGAGUACUCCCGUGCUGGGUGGACGUUCCACGCCAAAGGCCUCUGGCUGUACCUGGCAGGCAGCGACCUGCCCUGCCUGACCCUGAUUGGCUCUCCGAAUUUCGGAUAUCGAUCCGUUCAUCGUGACUUGGAAGCUCAGGUUGCAAUAGUGACAGAAAAUAAAGCCCUGCAGCAGCAGCUCCAUCAGGAGCAAGAGCAGCUUUACCUCUGCUCAGGUGUGGUCUCAACAUCAACGUUUGAGCAGCCAAGUCGUUAUGUGAAACUGUGGGUGAAGCUGGUGACACCUUUGAUCAAGAAUUUCUUUUGAAAGGAGAAGAGUUGCUGCUUUGGGUUGAAGGUCCAGACGAAGGUGGGCCCUCUCGUCCGUGUCUUGUAGACGGGGCACUCGUAGACGUUGACGGUGUCCAUGCGGUCCACGGGCACGGCUCGGAGCAGGAUCACCGGCAUCUCGGGCGUCAGCUCCUUCAUGCGCGCCUCGGCGAUGGAGCCCGAGGGCACGUCCCAGCGCGCACCUGGGGGACAGGGUCAGGGAGCUGGGCUGCUCCCGAGGGCCUUCCCGCACGGCCACGCAUGGCUGGCAGCUCUGAGGCUGACGUUGGGUGGAGCGGCUCAACGGGGGUUAGGUCUGACACGUUCUCAUCUCACUGUGACCCACGACUGCAUUUGCCUUACUGUGUGUGGGAUGUCUGAAUAAAUUCUGUCCCCACCCCUCCCUUCA